AUGGCUGUACUCCUCGCCAGCGCUCUUUUCACGGCGGAUCCUUCGGCCCACGUCUUUGACAACAGGAUCUUCGUCUACCCGUCUCACGACCGCAAGACAAAUAUCACGGCUAACGACAAUGGCGACCAGUAUGAUAUGGCUGAUUACCAUGUCUUCAGUAAUCCAUCACUCAACCCGUAUGACCCCGUCAUCGACCAUGGCGUUUUCCUAACGGUCGCGGAUGUCCCGUGGAUCUCAAGGCAACUCUGGGCCCCUGAUGCCGCGUACAAUAAUGAAAAAUAUUACCUCUACUUCCCAGCCCGCAACAAGGAAGAGCGCUUCCAAAUAGGCGUUGCCGUCUCGGACAAGCCAGAAGGCCCCUUUACUCCGGACUCCGAACCUAUCGCUGGUAGCUUCAGCAUCGACCCAGCGAGCUUCGUAGACAUCGACGGCCAGGGAUAUAUCUAUUUUGGAGGUCUAUGGGGCGGUCAGUUGCAGUGCUACCAAAAGGACAACACUUUCGAUCCCGCUUGGCUGGGCUCCCAGGAGCCAAACGCCACAGGAAUUUAUGCUCUAGGCCCGCGAGUUGCCAAGCUUAGCAGCGAUAUGCACAGUUUUGAUGGAAAAGUCCAAGAGAUCCAGAUCCUCGACCCAGAGACCAACAAGCCCCUCUUGGCCGACGACUAUGACCGCCGCUUCUUUGAGGCCCCCUGGAUGCAUAAGAAGGACGACAUCUACUAUUUCUCCUACUCAACCGGCGAUACUCACUAUCUCGUCUAUGCGACCAGCAAAACCCCGUUGGGUCCUUUCACGUACGCUGGACGCAUCCUGGAGCCUGUUCUUGGAUGGACGACACACCAUUCCAUUCUUGAGUAUAUGGAACAGUGGUGGCUGUUUUCCCACGACGCCUCGUUGAGCAACGGAACCGAUUACCUGAGAUCUGUCAAGUUUGAACCGAUAUUUUAUGAUGAGGAUGGCAAGCUCACGAUCAGUAAGCCGGCAAAGAAGAGUCAUCAUGUUCCACCAAAGAUCAUGUUAGGGUAG